CCAUUUUGGCUCAAGCUCCGGCCCGGGCCGCGGGGGGUCGGCCGCCGCGGGGGCCACCGCGGGGGACGGCAGGGCGGCGCCGCUGCAGCGCGAGGCGGCAUGGAGUUCUGGCUGUGGCUCAUCGCCGAUCUUCUGCCACUGACCGUUUUCAUUUUCUUCAUCGGUUCCGCUCUGCUGAGCGUCUUGAUCGGUUCCGCUCUGCCAGUGGCGUGGGUAUUCCUCUUUAUGUUAUUGCCAUGCGCGGUGAUCAUCACCGCGAUGGAAGUCUUGCCAGUGACGCUGAUGGUCGUCGUCACGCUGUUCUGCGUGACCAUCAUGUCGGGCGACAUCGCCUACAUGUUGGUGCGCGUGGUGGUGCCGGACGAGCUGGUCUGGACGGAGGCCGCGCGGACCCCCCGGGGCCUCGCGUGGGUGGCCACCUGGCUGCUGCAGGCGCCGCUCUGGCUCCGCGUGCUGCGGGCGCACUCGCCCCUGCUCCUGCACGAGGGCGCGAACUUCCUCUUCACCGUGCAGCAGGCGGCCGUGUACGCCCUGGCCGGCGCGGGGGGGGCCGCGCGGCUCCCCUCCGCGGGCCUCCUGGCUUCCUCGGGCGGGGGCCCGCCGCAGCGGCGGCCGGGCGCCGCGGGCUUGGCGGCGCUGCUGCUGAACUGCGCCGCGCGCUGCAGCCUGCCGGCGCUGUACGUGGCGUGCCACGGGAUGCCCGCGGACUGGCGCGUGGCGAGCUGUUUCCUCGUGGCGGAGCAGGGCCCGACGGUGCUGCGGGAGCUGGUGCUGGCCCUGGGCCUCCGCCGCGCGCCGCGGCCGGAGCUGUUCCCGUGGGCCGCGGCCUACCCGGCCGCGCACGCCGCCGAGGGCUCCGACGAGGACGGCGAGUGCCCGGAGCACGGCUCGUGCGCCAUUUGUUGGUCCAGCCUCUGCAGCCCGCUCGGGCCGGCGUCGGCCGCCGGCGCGGCCGCCGCGCUGCGGCGGCGGCUGGCCCCGGGGCUCUCCGCGGCCCGCCGGACGCCAGGGGCCUCGUGCGGCCUGUCUGCCGCGAGGGCGCCGCCGUCCUGGUGGGGGGGCCGCGUCGCCACCACGGAGUGCGGCCAUCGCUUCCACCUGCGGUGUCUCAGCAUGGUGGACUCCCACGGGCCAGCGGUGCCGCGCUGCCCGCUCUGCCGCACCGCGCUCCGCGGCGUCGCCGGCGCGGAGGUACCGAGCGAGGAGGAGCUGGACGAACAGCGCUGCAACGUCCUCGUCGGCUUCGGCAUGGGCCUCGCGCUGCUGCUGGUGCACGCCGCCAGCCGCGAGGUGCGCGCGCCCUCGACCACCCUGACCGCGUUGCUGCAUGUGCUCCUCGAGCCUCUGGCGCGUUGA